GUAAAAGCCACAAGCGAAAACAAAUCGAAGUUACACUGGAGGAGGACUUCCUUUCAGUUGUCAACAAGCACGAUAAAGGGGACAGUGAGUAGAAUUCAUAUUUCAGAACUGUAUUUUAUAAAGGACCAGAAAUCAUAAAUUAGUCAAACCACCAUUUUUGCUUAAGUUUAUUGUGUCGCGUUCAACCCAGUGCGGCGGGUAUUUGUUCGUUCGUUUGGGUUUGUUUCCUCGUCACUUAUAUGACUUACACCUGAAGACCAAUGUGGAUAAGCGAUAAUCAGAUCCUGCCACAAAAUGUGUAUAAUCUUCUUCAAGUUUGAUCCCCGGCCAGCCUCCAAAAAUGCAUACAGGCUCAUUUUGGCGGCGAACAGAGACGAGGUCUACAACCGACCGUCAAAAGCGGCGCAUUUCUGGGGUACCAACGGGGAGAUCCUCAGUGGACUGGAUCAGGAGUGUGGAAAAGAAGGUGGGUCGUGGCUGGGGAUCAAUAAAAGGGGAAAACUGGCUGCUCUCACAAACUACAUGGAAGGAAAUCAAAACUCUGAUGCAGCAGGGAGAGGGUUUCUUGUAUCAAACUACCUUAUGGAGAAGGAUUUAGACAGCUACUCAUACCUGAAGAAGGUUUCCACAGAAGGACACCUGUACAACGGCUUCAACCUCAUCACAGCAGAUUUCAAAGCCAAACAAGACACACUGUGUUACUAUGGAAACAGAGGGAGCCCCGAACCCAUCCGUCUAAAUCCAGGAAUCUAUGGUUUAAGUAAUUCUCUGCUGGACACUCCAUGGAAGAAGCUGCUGCUCGGCAAGCAGCACUUUACCAACGUGGUGAACGACCAGUCUCUGUCCUGUGACGGACUGGUGCAGGAGCUGCUCACUGUCCUCAAUAAUGAAGAGCUGAAUUUACCUGAUCCAAUUUUGGAAAGCCAUGGAAGUUUUUACAGUAAGCCACUGAUCGAAGCUUUGUCAUCCGUGUUUGUCCGCACCCCUCUUUAUGGCACAAGGACCAAUACAGUCAUUCUAAUAGAUGCAGAAGGGAAUGUCACCUUCACAGAGCGCACCAUGCUGGACAGUGAUGCAAGUAAAUGGAGGACCAGUUCUUUCCAGUUCAACCUGCAGGAUUAAAGUCAAGAAAACGGAGACCCACUGUGCCUUUCUGCAACACCUGUCUACAUCUGUUCUAUUCUUCACAUCAACAUGGAGAAUUAUUUUCUUAAUUUCAACUACUGUGUGCUCGCUUAAAAUUAAAUUAGCCAAAGAGGUUUUCUUGUGCGAAAAAGUAUGUAAGCAAAAGUUGAGAAUGGUUUGAUCCGUUACCGAUUACUGGGAAAUAUAUCAUUUUUAUGAUGAAAUCUAUUAUUUUGGGUGUCUGUUUUUCCUUGAAUCGAUGACAAGAAUGGGAUAUACUAAAGCACAUUGAAGAAAUCAGCAGUGUUCUUUUUUUUUCUACAGAAUUUUAUUUUCAAUUGAAGACUGCAGUUUCCUAAGAUAAGAAUGACUUAAUAUAUUUUGCAUUUCUGAUGGCUGUAAACCUGUUACAGACUUCAUUACGUUUCAGCCCACCAACAUGUUGGGAAACAGUUGUGUGAAAUCAAAAUGUUUCAGGUGGUAAUACCCUUUUCUUCUGUAGCAGAGUAAUCCAUUUUAAACUUACUUAAAAAAUAAUAUCCAAACAGGCGUUUGCAUUGAGCCAUCAAAGCUUUGUAUUUGUUGAAAUGUUUUCAUACUUCUUAUUUUAUUGCUCAUUGAGGUGUUUGGACCCUAAAGUCCAAGAAAAUUUUAAAAGAACAUUUUUAGAAAAUAAGUAGGGCUUCAGGUUCAAUGUUGGUUGUUAAAUAAAUGUUUUAUUUCAAAAAUCAA